AUGUCGGUGAACUUGAAGUUGCUGCCGCAGCUUGACGAGCUGACGCGGCAGAUACGCGUCCUCGCGGAACCAUGCGAGCGCGAGUUCCUGGAGUUUGCGCGCAGCCAGGAGAAGUGGCGGCUGGAGUGGGUGCACCUGCUGGAGCAGUACGACCGCCUGAAGCUGCUGGCGGACGAGUACAAGGCCAAGCUGCAGGACUCUGAGAAGAAGCUGAGCGUGGCCCGCAAGCUGCUGGAGGAGGAGCAGAACAAGCGGCGCGCCGUCGAGCAGGAGAGCCUCAAGCUGGAGAAGCAGCUGGAGGUGGUGCGGGACGCGGUGUUCCAAGGGAAGGGCAACGACGAGACCAGGGAGAAGCUGGCCUUCCUCAACAACACGUCGGUGAGGAGCCGGCGCAGCCUCGGCCGCUGCGACACCCAGCGCCUGAACACCAUCAGCGAGGCCCUGGACUCCACCGGCUCCAUCCUGUCGGACCUCGGCUGCACGCACUCGGAGGACGAGCUGGACACGUCGCUCCUCUGCAGCCGGCGGCCGUGGAAGAACUUCCGCGCCCCCAAGGCCGAGGAGGGCCCGAGCAUCAAGCGCGUCCGCCGCUCCGCCGACAAGAAGGGCUCCUUUGAGGUGGCGGAGCUGCGAGCGUCUGCCGGGGAGCACCUGGUGGCCACCACGACGGUGACGGUGGAGCGGGACGGCCCCAUCACCGCCCGCUCCACCAUCGACGCCGGCCCUGACCGCGGGGACGACAAGGAGAACCACGGUCGCAACCACAACGGCAACGGGGUGUCCAGCGUGCUUAUCGAGAACUUGCAGUUCCCGGGGACCCUCUCGCAGCGGUCGUCUCCAACGACCAGCCCGGUUGUGAUCAACUACCCUCCCAACAAGUUCAACAACAGGCCGCACGCCUUCACCAACCGGACCAUGCUCACGCCAGACACGUGUGGUGUCUGCGGCAGCAAGAUCAAGUUCGCGAAGGUGGUGGUGCGUUGCAAGGAGUGCCGCAUCACGUGCCACAUGGAGUGCAAGAACCAGGCCCCCCUCCCCUGCAUCCCGGUCGGCAACACCCCCACCAAGAAGGGCUUCAUCAUGGUGUUUUAG